UAUUCGACACUCACGAAGCGCGUCACGGGGCAAUCCGUCGCCUUCGCCUGCUACGGCGGUGGCGGAGACUGCGAAUGCCCUGUCGACGUUACGGGGGACAGCGGCGGCGUGCUCAUCAACGUCUACCCCGGGUUCCAGUGUGCCUAUGCUGGCGGCGCAUGCACUUGGGAUGACAACACUGGCGCCCUCCAGAACACUGGGCAGACGAACUGCCCGACCGUGGCGCCCUGCAGCACCUCCAGCGGCUGCGAAUGUCCGGUUGACCUCAAUGGCGACAUCGGUGUCUUGAUCAACCAGUUCACCGGCUACCAGUGCGCGUACGUUCACGGCGCAUGCACUUGGGACUACCUCGGGAACCUUCAGAACACGGCGCAAACAAACUGUCCGACCAGCCAGCCGUGC